AUGCAUUUACUCUCGCUCCUGCGCAACAACAUCACUCUUCGCGGGACAGGCGCACCACCCCGGGACCCCUGCGCAGGGCGGGGAGGUUGCUUCUCACGCGGGGGGAGUGGAGGCGCGUUGCCCCCGCCCCGGGGGACCAGGUCCCUGACUGUCACUCCCACCGGCAGUAAGAGCUACGGCAACGUGCUGGUGUUGGACGGGGUCAUCCAGUGCACGGAGCGGGACGAGUUCUCCUACCAGGAGAUGAUAGCCAACCUGCCGCUCUGCAGCCACCCCAACCCACGCAAGGUGCUGAUCAUCGGGGGUGGGGACGGGGGUGUCCUGCGGGAGGUGGUGAAGCAUUCCUCCGUGGAGUCCGUGGUCCAGUGCGAGAUUGACGAGGAUGUCAUUCAGGUCUCUAAGAAGUUCCUGCCGAGCAUGGCCAUUGGCUACUCCAGCUCAAAGCUCACCCUCCACGUGGGCGACGGCUUUGAGUUCAUGAAACAGAACCAGGACGCCUUCGACGUUAUCAUCACCGACUCCUCAGACCCCAUGGGCCCAGCCGAGAGCCUCUUCAAGGAGUCCUAUUACCAGCUCAUGAAGACGGCCCUCAAGGAGGACGGGAUCCUCUGCUGCCAGGGUGAGCGCCAGAGAUGCUGAGCUGCGGGGGGCGGGGCAGGGUGG